GGGAAAGAAAUAAAGACAUCAAGGCAGGAAUACACAAGGAGACAGGAAGAUGGGCUUAAAAAAAGAAAGACAAGAGAAGUUUGGGUUCAGCCGUCCGGACAACGUUGACAACUGGGGAGAGUACCGGAUUGGGCAGCUGUACAUGAUCAGCAAACACAGCCAUGAGCAGAGUGAUCGAGGUGAAGGGGUGGAGGUCGUCCAGAACGAGCCAUACGAGGACCCGGCCCACGGCCAAGGACAGUUCACAGAGAAACGAGUCUACCUCAACAGUAAAUUACCCACUUGGGCUCGAGCCGUGGUUCCAAAAAUCUUCUACGUGACGGAGAAAGCAUGGAAUUACUACCCUUACACCAUAACAGAAUAUACUUGCUCAUUCCUGCCGAAGUUCUCCAUCCACAUAGAGACAAAAUAUGAAGAUAAUAAAGGAUGCAACGACAAUAUCUUCGACACCGAGCUGAAGGAGCAGGAGAGGGAGGUGUGCUCCGUCGACAUCGCCUACGAUGAGAUCCCUGAGCGCUACUAUAAAGACUCUGAGGACUUGCGAUAUUUCAAGUCGGAGAAGACGUCGCGGGGGAUGCUGCAGGAGGGCUGGAGGGACACCCAGGAUCCCAUCAUGUGCUCGUACAAACUUGUCACUGUCAAGUUUGAGGUGUGGGGUCUGCAGACUCGGGUGGAGCAGUUCGUACACAAGGUGGUCCGUGAUGUGCUGCUGCUGGGACACAGACAGGCGUUUGCCUGGGUGGACGAGUGGAUUGAUAUGACUUUGGAUGACGUGCGGGAUUACGAGUGUCAAAUGCAUGAGAAAACCAACAUUAAAGUUUGCCUUGAGCAGCAAGAGCGUUCCACAACAAACCCAUCUUCACUGGAUGACAUACAGAUCCAUGACAAAGCAAGUACAUGACCAUGGAUGAGGUGAGAGAGUUUGAGCGCGCCAUCCAGGAGGCCACCAAUCAGAAGAUCGGA